AUGGCUUCGUACGACAUAGCGAGUCUGAAUCGCGAUGUAGAAAUGUUGCUGACAGACCUGAAUAGACGUGAUCAGGGUUUCAACCCGCCAGGCAAUGGCAACAACAACAACCUUGCUGCUGCUCCUCCUGGUGCCACCCACCAAUCCCCGGCUGAACCUCCCGGAGUUCACCAGAACGGAAGUGACACCAUUAUCCCUGCUGCCAUUUCUGGCACCGCAAAUCACCCUCCCGGAGCCCUCGCCGCUCACAUAAAGCGACUCGACUUCCCCAAGGCCCACUUCCGCAAAAGUGACCGCCUCAAAUCUGACGCACUUGAAGACAUGAGCUUGAUGCCGGCGCAACGUGAUCCCGUUCUUCGUUCGGAAAAGACAUGGACAGGGCCAAAGCUGGACCGCAUCAUCGGCGAAAGUCUUGACAACAUUGAAUCUGCGCUUCAGCAGGUUGUCGGCGUUCGUGUUGAGCCCCCAUGCCUCUCCUGCCUGCGGGGCCAUGGCCCAUGGAACUCCUGUGUGCUCCUUGAGAGCAACUCAGACAUCACUGCGUGUGCUGGAUGCCACUUCCGUGGAAACGACGUGCGUUGCACUUAUUAUCGACCACCACCUCCGGAUACCACCGAACGCGACCGCCGAGACCGUGAAAUUGAGGAUCUCCGGGAGGAAAUCAACCGACUUCAGCAGCGAAGCACCGAAAUGACCAUGGCCAUUGAUGAAACCAGACAAACAAUGAAAGUCCUACGCGAGGCUACCCAGGGUGGAAUGGCGGCUGAUGAGACGCGUCAAACGAUGACCGCCCUCGCUGAGACUUUGCGGUUCCAUAAUCAGCAGGUCUCCCAGGCUCGCGCCGAUGCCGAGUUGCUGGGCCAGCGUCACCAGGAGCUCCGCACUCUGAUCCGCGAAGCUGAACAGCUCCAACAGGAGGAGAACAAGUUUACUGCAUCGACUGAUUCCCGUCGCCGCCAGAGUCAUGAUCACAGCUCUCACUAA